AUGGUGCUUGGACUCUGGCGUCGUGUGCCCGUGAUGUGGUGCGUGGUGGCAGCGACGAUCGAACAAACGCCGUCCGUCGCCGACUGUGCGGACGGUGCUCUGGAUGGCGCCCUCGCACCGACCUUCCGCCGCGCCCAUAGCCACAUUUGCGCGACGCAAUUCGGUCUUCGUCCAAAUGAGCUCAUAGUCUACGACAACUUUACCACUGCCGAGAUCGAGGUCUAUGCGACGUCGACAGCCUGCAAGGCGUUCUAUACCGACGUCAUGGAGGCUCUGCGCGCGGUGUCGCCAGUGUGCGUCGUUCCGUCGCUGUCAUGGACAACUAUGGAUAUUGCACAACUGACGUUUGCGGACAAGGUCGCAGCGCUUCGGCGUCGACCCUCUUCGUAG